UCCUGCAUCACAUGAAAGGAUACACAUAUCGUAAAUAUCGACUAAAACCGUGGUUCUGGGGGAAAAGUAUAUACAUUUGAAUCUGUUGAAAAAGAAACAGAAAUACGGAAACGUUUCCUUCCGAUGUUGGUCCUGUUGUUAGGGAUUUUAGUUGUGAUGUCAUUUUCAAUGUAAACAAAGAAUGCUAUCAUCAGGUCAUUUGUGUGAAACAAUGUGAACAGAUCAUAUAAAGAAGAUGGAAUAGUCAAUAAGAGGGGGGAAAGUUAUAAAAUGUCACAAUGGGAUGAUCCACCAACGACCUUGACAUCAUUUGGUCCUCUCAGUUCAGACAUUUCAGAAGGAGGCAGUCUGUUCACUAGACUUUGGAAUAGAAAGAAAAAUGGCAGCAGAUCAGCAUCAAGAGAAGGCUCUACAGAAAGGAAACCUAACACAGCAGACAAAGAAGUCCUUUCAACAUCUUCUCCUGCUAGCGAUGACAAACCUGUAGAAGAUAAACCUAGUUUACCUCAAGUUAAGCAUGUUGUAAAACCCAGUUUACCUGAUGUAUAUAGUACAGCUACAGCUAGAACCUUGACAGGAGUUCUGAAUAGAUUGAGUAGUAUUGUAAGGACCGGGACACCACAAACCUAUAAAGAUAGUGACUUUAAACAAUACUGGAUGCCAGAUGAGAGCUGUAGAGAAUGUUACGAUUGUGGCGACAAGUUUACAACAUUCAGACGUCGACAUCAUUGUAGAAUUUGUGGACAGAUUUUCUGUAGUAAAUGUUGUAAUCAGGAAUUACAAGGCAGGAUUAUAGGUUAUAAAGGUGGAAUUAGAGUGUGUACAUACUGUGGAAAGGUAGCUAUGAGUGCCUUACAGAAUGAUUCUAGUGGGCACAUCAGUGUGGAUGAUAAAGAAGAACUCCAGCUGUCUAUGGAUCCAGAAUCUCAAGUAUACAGCUUAUGGGGGUCAAAGAAGAGGACAUCUCAGGAUUUAGCAAGGUCAUCCUCAAUAUUAGCCCCAGGUACACCCAGUAUCGAUGUCCUGAUACCAUUUGAUCUCUCACAAAGCAGUUCUGACACAGAUAUGAAUACUGGCCUUGGUAGGAAAUUCUUAGAGGAUUCUGUACAACUUCGUGAAAUCUGGAGACAGAUUGUUGAUCAAUCAAAAGGUGUUGAGAUGCAGAGUCAUAGAAUACGUCUCAAAACCUACUACAAGUGCAUUGUGGGAAAUAAACUGGUUGACUGGUUACUAAGCAAUGACAAAGCAGCACAGAGAAUGCAGGCAGUUGUAAUUGGUCAAGCAUUACUGGACGCUGGCUAUCUAGAGAUUAUUGGUGGACAACAGAACAUCUUCCAGGACAACUUUACUCUUUAUAAACCGUCAGAGACUACACCAAUAGAUCCACCGGACAUCAGUAUAACUGACAGCACAGAACCACAAUGGCUUCAGGAGAUAGAUGUUAAAACAGACCAGUUGGAAAGCUUAACUGCCUCAGAAGACCAGAGCAGUAGCGGUCAGGAGGAGACAACUGCUAGUACAUUUUAUGUUCCUCUUGACAGCAAUGAAGAUAAUGAAUUUGAACCAUUACCAAGACAAGAUUCACAUGCUGCAGGCUAUACAGAAGAUAUUAUCUCAGCCAGCAUGUUUAGUGGUUCACAGAGUAUACCAGCCACCAAGCUGAUCAAGUCAGUCUGCUGGAGAAACUCAGAUACACUGAAGGAAGAAAAUGGAGAGAGAAGGGCUUAUUCCUUACUCAAGAAAGCACAUCAGGAUCAUCUGAAUGGUUUAGUUCAGCAGAUGUUAUGUGACGAGGGAUUGUCUAAAACAUGGACCGACAUUGUCAUUGGUACGGCACAACGUGUUAGUAAUUAUGUCAGACCUGAUGUCAGAGAGGAAGGAGACGACAUGAAUAUUCUGAAAUAUGUUAAAUUCAAAAAGAUUCCAGGAGAUACAAAAGAACAGACUUGGUUAGUGCAUGGUGUUGUAUUUACCAGGAAUAUAGCUCACAAACAAAUGUCACAGAAACUCGUCAAUCCAUACAUUCUGCUGCUCAAAGGUUCUAUAGAGUAUCAGAGAGUAGAAAAUAAAUUCUCCUCGUUGGAACCUCAAAUUCUACAGGAAGAAGAAUUUCUGAAGAAAAGUGUAAAGAAAAUAUCCUCCCUACAUCCAAAACCUAAUAUUGUAAUCGUAGAGAAGUCUGUCUCUAGACUAGCACAGAAUUAUCUUCUAGAGAAAGGAAUUACACUGGUGUAUAAUGUUAAACUGUCUGUCAUGGAGAAAAUUGAAAGACUAACACAGGGCUGUAUAGUACCUUCUAUAGAUGGGAUAGUUAGUGGACCAAUUACCCUCGGAUUUUGUCAUAAUUUUAAAGUAUGCCACUUCAACUUGCCUUCAGGAGAAACAAAGACACUGUUAUGUUUUGAUGGAUGUGCUCAACACUUGGGCUGUACCAUUGUUCUUAGAGGGGGAUCAAAAGGAGAACUGACAAGGAUUAAAAAGGUUGUAAAACUGAUGAUAACUGCAUGUUAUAAUUCUCAGCUAGAGAUGUCAUAUUGUAUGGAUGAAUUUGCUAUGCCAGAUUCGCGAGCAGACGACAGUUUAAUGGAAUCUGAUUCUGUGAUUAACUUUACAGAAGAAAAAACUUCUGUUAAAGUGUCCGACUAUUUACAGGAUUCUAAAUCUGGGGUAAAUUUGUUAAAAUUAGACUCGGAGUAUACCAACAAGGACAAUAUUAGAAAUAACGAUAGAAAUGAACCAAGUACUGAUCAUCUGGGAAAGGAUAACAAUCAGCCAGAAACGACCUUGGAUAGACCUGUUUUUGAUAUAGGAGAAAGUGAUUCAAGUGGUGAAAAUAUUUCAACAAGUAAAACAGACAUUAAGAAAGGGGACAUAAAUACGCAAGACAAUUUGUCGAAAAGUAAUACACCUGAAAAUUUGGUGGUGGCAAAUCAGAAUGAGUAUAACAAAAGGAAAUUUGACCAUACUGAAAAUGUUGGUUCCUUUGUAGCAGUAGGUGAUAAUUGUAAGACCAAUUUACAUAAUAUGACCUUAAAAGUUGAUGAAGGUCAGCAAAAAAUAAAAAGACAACAAUCAACUGGGUUAAUUCCCCUGAAUGAUCAGUCUGAUCCUCUUUAUAUGUACCAGAAAAAUCAGGAUGAUGCAAUCUUUUAUAGUUCUGUCACUCUUCAAGCAAAAACACAAAAACGCUGUGCAAAGUUUAAAAAAACUCUUGCAGAGAUACUUCUGUCAACGUCGCCGUAUAUAAAAUUUGAACUGCCAUAUUUAGAAACAGAAUUUGGAUCAAGAUCAAUUGUUAGAAACUUUUUCAAAGACGAUUUGUUCUGGUCCAAGUAUUUUGAGCCUGUAGCAUACAGGGAGAAAAAGAAACAACUAGUGGAGACGUACUGCCCACCCAAACCAGCUUCACCAUGGUCAGAUAUUGAAAUUAAGGAGCCACACCCAUUGAUUCUUACACAGAUUACUGGAUCCCUGAAAGAUAAGAAUUUACAGCAUCUGAUAGCAGAUUUCAGAGCUAGAGGUGGCAGAAUUCAAUUACGACCAAGAGCUGCUGUUUCUGAAGCAGAUAAACCUGACACACAUCAAGUCACAGAAAAGACAACACCAGGGGUUGACUGUUUAGACUAUAGUAAUCAUCAGAAGUUUAUGGUGUUAUUGAGUAGUCACUCCGAGAACUCAACAAACUAUCCAAAUCCAUGUGUUCCUCCACAACUUGUAUCAAUGCCCUUCUAUAGUGGACAAGAUAUGACUUUGGGUGGAUUCCUAGAAAAGUUCUGUUUCAGGGAAUCCUACUGUUGCCAGCCAUACAUGUGUCCAUCAGAGAACUGUGAAGUACCAUUACUAGAUCAUGUCAGGAGAAUAGUUCAUGGCCAUGGAUCUAUAUUUAUAUCACUGAGGAAGUUAUCUAACUGUGUACCAGGAGGAGAUAAAGACAUUAUGAUGUGGAACUGGUGCCGCAAGUGUAGACAGGCGACUCCCUUAGCAGCCAUGAGUAAUGAUACAUGGAGUUUGUCGUUUGCCAAAUUUUUAGAAUUAAGAUUUUAUGUGAACACGUUCACGAGACGUAUGGGGCCAGAUCCUUGUUGUCAUUCCUUACAUCAUAGUUUUAGUCAGUACUUCGGGAGACGGAAUAUCGUGGCUACAUUCAAGUACAUGCCAGUGAUAAAGAAAGAAAUAGUACUCCCACCAAGUGUUAUCUCCCUUGAUUCCAAAGUCCUGUUAUACCAGUGGACAACUCUCAGGGACAGCAUGAGAUCAGUUGAAAGAAGAGGAUUAGAAAUGUACAGUGGUAUAUUGGAACAGUUGGUUACGAUAAACUCAUCAAGUGAUGACCUGUCAAAGAUGAUUGUUGAUCUUACUAAUAUGUUGGAGAGUGAGAAACACAGAUUAAAAGAAUUGAUCCACAAAGGAAGACUGGAGGUCACCAAAAAGGAAAAAGAAAACACAGAGAACAUGGCAGAGUAUUUUGCACUAUAUGAUGAUUCUUUAAAGAUGAUGAGAUUUCUGGCCGAUGCUGAUAUAAACUGGAGAUCAAAAAUGCAAGAGCUGUAUUCUCAACAUAAAAAGACCAGAACUUCACAGUCAAAGAAGGAAAAAGACACAGGAUCUUUAGCAGGAGAACCAAAGAGAGACUCUGCAACCUCACUUCCAUCAACCAAUGAAACACUCAGGAAAAAAGAAUCUUCUGCUUCCCUGCCAAUUAGUGAUGACAGAAGGGACCAGAUCAUAGUAUCUUCAUCGUCUAAUAAAAAUCAGGGUAGUUUUGGAUCAGCAUCUUCUUUUAGUGAAACCAUAACAACACAAAGAGACAAAUCUGUCUUAGAACCAGAAACUGGAAUACAAAGGGAUAGAAACAGUAUUGCAUCUUCUGUUUUUGAAACAGAAACAAAAACUCAAACCAAAACAGACCCAACGACUUCUAAAUCAUUUGGAGAACCUUCAUCAGAUUUGAAUAUCGGUCUAGAUAGUGCAAAACAUUCCCAUGAAGAUAAUAGGCCAGGCUCAAAGAUAAAUCCAAUAAAUGUUACAUCUACUCUCCAAGACCUUCAGACAGAGGUUGAUCAAGACAAACUAGAAUGUGAUCAGCUGGAAUCAGAACCUGUAGAGGAAAUCAAGCUCGACAGAACAGUUUUGGACAGGACAUGGUCUGGUGUUUUUGUAGACAAAUCAGAUUUACCAUCAAUAACAGAUCCUAUUAAUAUCAAUCAGUCAAAUUUCCUGGAAGAGAGUGGUAUUUACAGUGUGACACCAGGUUUAGAAGCAGGUAUUGGACCUCACAGUGACAGAUUAUCUGAUGCUUGUUUUUCUCCCUAUGUAGUACUACACACUUUGCAUGAAGGUUUAGAAGGAAGAAAAUCAAGUGUUAUUUCACAAGACAAACCACUGUCAGGACAACAGACAGAAUCAGUAACCAUAGAGGCAAAAUCUAGGGACAGUCCAUCACAACUCUCCGGAAACAUAUCUACUGAGUCCAGUGCCUUGUCAGUGAAUGAUUUGCAGCCUCAGCAAACCUCCUCUCAGCCCCAGAAAUCCUCCUCUCAGCCUCAGCAAUCGUCUUCUCAGCCUAGUGAUGUUCAUACAGUACCUAUCAGUUUGUCUGUAGGUGUAGAAAUCCAGACAGACAAAGUAGACACAGAUAAGAAAGUCAAAACAAGGAAGGAAGUAACUAAAAAAAUGGAUGAUUUUACAGACAGUCAGCAGGUAGAAAGAAUCAGUGGAAUCAUGAAGAAAACAUUCACCAACUUUUUGUCAGGGACAGGGUUACCUCCCCUGCCAUUUCCAUUUGAAUGUAGAGAGCAUCAUUUGUUACCAACUUGUUAUAAAGUUCCUGUUGUUGUUUAUGACCAAGAACCCAGUUCUAUAAUAGCCUACGCUCUAAGCUCCUACGACUAUCAACAGAGGUUACAGGAAAUCCAGUCAGCUUUUACAUCUUCACAGAAGCUCAUUAAGGACCUGAAGUCAUCAGAGGAUGAGUUAGGAGAGAGUUCAAAGAAGAAUGGAGGAAGCACAUUGUCCUUCGUAAAGAAUAAAGACAGUAGUCCUAAAAUGCCCAGACUUGAUUCCGUCCAUUAUAAUGCCAAGAUAGAAACAGGAAGUGGUGAAUUUGAUGAGCAUGAGGGUUUCUCCAUUUUAUCAUCUAGUUUGCCAGAAUCAACCAAAUCAGGAAAAACGACUGCUGGACCUCAUAUUGAAUUACAAUAUUCUGACCAUAUGGCCAAGUUUUAUUGUAAAAUAUACUUUGCUGAACAUUUUAGAAAGCUACGUAAGCUCAUCUUUCCUGCUGGAGAGGAAAUGUUUAUCAGAUCAUUAAGUAGAUGUAAAAUGUGGGAAGCCAAGGGAGGUAAAUCAGGAUCUAAGUUCUGUAAAACUGAUGAUCAGAGAUUUAUACUGAAACAGAUGUCAGGAGCAGAAAUUGAUGUUUUUGAAAAAUUUGGACCGGAGUAUUUUACCUAUAUGAACAAAUCCUAUGUGGAACAGAAACCGACAGCUUUAGGGAAGAUUGUGGGAGUAUACAGAAUUGGCUUUAGGAACACACAUACCAAUGCUGGAAUGAGACAAGAUUUGUUAGUUAUGGAAAACUUAUUCUAUCAGAGGAAAAUAUCACAGACAUUUGAUUUGAAAGGUUCUGAGAGAAAUAGAUUGGCCAGUACAUCAGGGAAGAGGGAUGAAGAACAGGUUCUACUAGAUACUAAUUUAUUAAAUUUAAGCAUAGAGUCACCACUUUACAUCUAUCCUCAUUCCAAGACAUUACUGAUGAAUGUUAUCAGUAGAGAUUCACAGUUCUUAGCUGCAAAUCUGGUCAUGGACUACUCUCUACUGGUUGGACUGGAUGAAAACAGUAAUGAACUUGUUCUAGGUAUCAUAGAUUAUAUAAGAACAUUUACUUGGGACAAGAAAUUAGAAACAAUCUUGAAAUCCGCUGGAGGUAAGCUGCCAACAGUUGUCUCCCCUGAGAUCUACAAAAGUCGUUUCCUGUCAGCUAUGACUAGAUAUUUCCUGCCAGUACCAGACCAGUGGACAGGGAAAGAUUUUGACCCAACUUUAAGUUGAUGAUUGAUCUAGUGUAGUUCAUUAAAACAAUAUUGAUUUUUAUGCAGUUACAGUUAUAAGUUUGUUUGUUAUGAUGACUGUAUGAUUUGUUGAUCAAAUAUUUUUUACAGUGUAAAGAUUGUGAUCUAUUAUUUAGUUGAUUGAACUUUCAAUGAGAGUGUGUAGUCUGACAGUAAAACUGUAUUGAUAUCAGAUACAUUGGGAUCCACGAUCUUUCUUGUUUUCGGGAUAAUUGUCCAUGGCACACUUUGUUAAUACACAACUCCUUGAAAUCUGCACUACAGAAUUCCAUUAAAGUUGUUCUUUUCUUCCACAGGACAAGAAGUUGCCUCACCUUUUUUAAUUUUUGAUCUGAGUGACUUUUGAGUUUUCCCAUACCAGAACAUGAACUUUGCCUUCAGCUUAUACUUUAAACCAACUAAUUUUUCAUGACCUAUUUAAAUUGGUGACAACAGAGAGUUAUUUAACUAUCUACAAAAUUAAGAAAAAUCUGAUUUCAUUUGAAGCCCUUCAACCAGAGACAUUGUAUUAUAUGUCUCCGUUUUAUCCGAUAAAUAUAUUGAAGACACAUAUGUUUUCGAUACAAAUAUAAUUAUUGGCACUCCUUUGGAAUGUUAUUUUACAGAAUUCAAAAAUGUAAAUAAAAUAAAUAUUGCUCCAAUUCAGUGUUCAUUUAUUAAAAUGUUGAUUAUGAAAUAAAGAUGUAGGAUUUAUGUACACUCAGAAUCAAUAUAACAUCCAGACGAUGGAGCUGCAACUUGAAAUUUAGCAAAGAGUAAAAUAAGUUGACGAAAAAAGAAUUAAAGUGGCGAAAAAAAUUUUGUUUUGGGGAAAGGGUUGUGAAAAAGAAAAGGACGCAGGGGAAACCCUGUACAAGACAAGACGUACUGACACUCUAUAUUUUUGUCUCGCCUUGACGGAGUCAAAAAGCGAGACAUAGGUAUGCUGUUUCCGGCGUUGGCGACGGUGAUGGCGUCAACAAUGUAUUAGUUUGUGAUUAGGUCUAGUUCAUGGUGAACCACUAGUGGUAGGUCAAUGAUAUUUGGUAUGCAGUUGUAUUAGCAUUGGCACAUCUCAUUACCAUGGAGAUUAUUUGGCCCCGCCCCCUCAGUCAAGGUCUAUUGACUUUGAAACUUUUCAUAGUUUACAUGUAUUAGUUUGUGAUUAGGUCAAUUUAUGGGGAACCACUAGUGGUAGGUCAAUGAUAUUUGGUAUGCAGUUGUAUAAGCAUUGGCAUAUCUCAUUUCCAUGGAGAUUAUUUGGCUCUGCCCCCUUAGUCAUGGUCUAUAGACUUUGAAAAUUUUGCGAAGUUAACAUGUAUUAGUUUGUGAUUAGGUCAGUUCAAGGGGAACCAUUAGUGGUAGGCCAAUGUUAAUUGGUGUUCAGUUGUAUAAGCAUUAGUACAUCUCAUUUCCAUGGAGAAUAUUUGGCCCCGCCCCCUCAGUCAUGGUCUAUUGACUUUGAAACUUUUGCUUAGUUUACAUGUAUUAGUUUGUGAUUAGAUCUGUUUAAGAUGAACUGCUAAUGUUAAGUCAAUGAUAUUUGGUAUGCAAAUUUAUUGGCAUUUGCAAGUAUCGUUUCCAUGGAGAUUAUAUAGCCCCACCCCUGAUCAUGGUUCAUUGACUUUGAAACUUUUACAUAGUUUACAAGUUAAUGUUUGUGUUUAGGUUUGUUUAAAGGGAACGACUUAUAAUAAGUCAAUGGUAUUUGGUAUGCAGUUGUAUUAGCAUUGGCACAUCUCAUUCCAUGGAGAUUGUUUAGCCAUGUACCUUCAGUCAUGGUUCAUCGACUUUGAAUAUUUGCAUAACUUAUAUGUUAAAGUAUUGCUAUUUUAAUUUCAACAUUUGCAUUAUCAAAAUUACAAAAAGGCGAGACAUAUCUCUGUGAUAACAGUUUAUUAUGUUCUUUAAUCCAUGCUGUGUCUGGGGAGUAAAACGAAAUUCAUAAAUGCUAUAGAAUAAUAAGUAUAGAAUGAUCUUGAUCAUGUGAUACUGUGAUUUUGUUUGUGAACUAUAUAGUAAUCUACCAUGCUAUGUUAUGUACAAAUUACAUUCAAUUAUUUAUCAAUGUUCAGUUUAUGUUUGAAUUAUUCAAUUGAGGUAUUUAAUACCAGUAAUUUGUAUGCAGAAAACUAAAUCCAUAUCUGUUCAUGUUUGUUUUAAUUAUGUGUAUGUUUGUAUACAAAUAGAUUAUCCUGCAAUCAGCAAUUUUUAACAUACAAAUACAAUUUGUUCACUUGAUUUCAGUCAAUUUAUAAAACUCUAAGUCAGGAUUAUUUUUUUUUAUAAAACUUUUAUUAGUCAGGAUUAUUGUUUUUUAAUUGUCAAAUUCAUACCAAAAGUCACAGUAUAAACAAACUUUUAUCAAAAGUUCAACUGCUGGAACUAUCAGUUUCUGUAAAAAUAUUCAACAGCUAUUUAUUGAAUGCAAAAUCGACAUUGAAAUUGAAAUGGCUUUAAUGCCAUAAAAUUGUAAAUUUGCUCAGAAAUCUGCCAAGCUAGGUUUGAUUUUGAGACAAUAAAUAUAAAUUAGUAGUUUCAAUAUGUUAACAAAUUACAAAUAAAUCCUGUUUCUUGCUAUAUAUUGUUUAAUUGACUGAAAAUCAUUUUACUUGUGUAAUUUGGCAUGAAAUGAUUUACUGUUGUAAGAUGAAUUAUUUAAUCAUGUACUUGUGAAUAGAAAGGGGGAUGUUUGCAUCCAUGUAUAUUGCUUUAUGAAUAAGGACUUGCCCAAUCUUGAUAAAAAAAUCAUUAAAUUUAAAAGAAAUUUAGGAAUUCAUUUCAGUCAUUUCAUUUUUUUGAAUAUGUCAGAAUUCACAAAUAUGACCAUUUCUAGGCAGCAGGUACAAAUAAACUAAGAAAAAUUCAUAUACUUUACAAACAUUGUCUACUGGCAUUAAGAAGAAGUGAAAACUAAACAUUUGAGCAUGAAUGUUAAAUUGAAGAAUAUCAAUAUACAAGUUUAUACAUUGUUGGCAGAUAUCAAGUAUAUUUGUGCUCACUAAAAAACCGAAAAAAGCUUGCCUAGGCAUUUUCUUUCUCCUGCUUCUAAAACUUGUAACAAUAAACUUUAUAUUUGUCUACAAUGUACUGUGAAUUCAUUAUUUUUGUAAAUUGAGUUAAAAAGUUUGUUUUUUUUAUAUUUCAAUGAUUUGACAAAAUCUCUCGUUGAAUAUUAUUUGAAGUUUACCAUGACCAGAAAAUCCACCAAAAUUUGAUACCCAUGAAUAAUAAUGAUUCCAAAGUAUGUCUACAGUCAAACCUGCUAUAUAAAAAAAAAGUAAAAUAACAAAAAUACUUAACUCCAUGGAAAAUUCAAAACGGAAUGUCCCUUAACAAAUGGCAAAAUCAAAAGCUCAAACACAUCAAAUGAAUGGAAAACAACUGUCAUAUUCCUGACUUGGUACAGGUAAUUCCUACUGUAGAAAAUGGUUGAUUAAACCUAGUUUUAUAGCAAGCUGAACAUCUCUAAAGGUCACCUCUAUUAAGUUAAAUAAAGUCGGGUCACCCUUUUCCUGUGCCACUGUAGUACCUGUACUGUCUAUGUAUUUUGAAUAUAAUUAAAAGGUCACUUUUAUCUGUCCCAAGGGUGACCUAUAAAUGCAGGUUUGGCUGUAUUGUAUUUUGACAGAUUAUUUUUAUAAUUUGUUUUGAUGUUAUGAACAUGAAAAGUGCAAUAUGUAUAUGUCUGCUGAUUAAAUGAUAUAUUUUA